UCUGUCACAAGAAAUGUCGUUAGUUAAGCCAGUAUGAGGCAUGCAGACAUUUGCAAAGCACGACAUUGUCAGCAGAUAGUACAAGCACGACAUUGUCAGCAGAUAGUACAAGCACGACAUUGUCAGCAGAUAGUGGAACCCUGAUGCCUGACAAUGAAGGUUGUAAUCUGUUUUUCAAAAGAAAAACAAAAACUCAAAUAAAGUUUGUUCUCAAACUUGGAGGAAUUACUUUGAUAAUCUACUACAUGCUCCACCAACUCAGUGUCAGGAAUACACUGUCACACUUUCCAGUGGAAGCUCUCAACAUUCAUGAAAGUGAAAUCGAAAAUGCUCUACGACAUUUUGCUGACCCAAAAAAAGAUCCACAAGUACCUUUGAGGGAUUGUCCAAUUCCUAGAUUGAUCAGUCGUCAUGGUAACCCAAGUUCUAGUAACGAUACCCAGUCAGCCCAUUGCAGGCGAGUGCCACCCGUCAGAGGGUCAUGUGACAUAGCGGACUCUCUGUUCAAGGAUCAGCCUAAGGGCACCUGCUCACAACAAGGCCGAGUACAAAUAUGUGAUUUCCAGGGCAAUCCGAGGAGACUGAUCUGUAAGAAGACAAACUGUGAUAAGCUCCACCUGGGAACUCGAAGUCUUGACACUGGUGUGCUGAAAUGGAGGGAAGUGGCAUCAACUGAUAUGUUACAAAGUCAAAUUGUUGACCUUCUUAAGACGCCCCACAGCGGUUAUUGCUACAUCCGUUGUGAACAGUCCACUGUGGAGGUGAAUGUGGAGUAUCCAGACUUUCUGCAAGAAUCCAGUGACACUCAGAAUGUGCAGCUACUUAUUCUGCCCCCACUAGUCCCGGGGAACAAGAAGUAUAACAGAGCAUCACCGUCUAUAAAUGUUAACUUCAUAUUUAUUGACUCUGUUUCAAGACACCAUUUCUUUAGAUCUCUACCAAAGACAAUAAAACUGUUUGACAGACUUAACACUGGCAAGAAUGCAGUGGUGUUAGACUUUGAGCUUGUACAGGCAGUACGUUCAAGAACUUUUGAGACUUUAAGUAGUUUGUUUCAAGGCAACAUACCUCAGGAAGAUCAGACAUUCGGAGUGCUGGACAUGCCCCCAGAAGCCCUCAAAAUUGAGGGUUUGUUUGGCUUGUUCAGAGAUGCAGGGUAUUGUACAUUAUGGCUGGAAGAUCUUUGUUUUGAAUGGGAGUGGGGCAUCUCUAAAGAUUUGCUUGUACACAACAAAUCACUAUCAACAGAAGAGACAUGGAAGAGUUUGAGGAAAGCUUUCAGUAAAGCUGGGAUUGAAUCUUUUGGUGUUUCUACAGCGAGCUGUGAGAUUCUGAACCAAAAUGGAGUGAAUGACCACUUCCAUGGACCUGAUACUGUGUGCUUCAAUGGCCGACAUCAACAUGAGUAUCUUCUGGAUUAUUUAAAACUUUACCAGGACAUGAUGGCCGCCACAAGUAAACCCUAUGUUACAUUCCUGGAAACAAACGUCGGCCAUGAAGACACUGGUCGGAGAGUACAGACAAUGGAUGAUCAUCUGGCGGAGUACCUGGCAUUCGCUGCUAACCAGCGGAACACCCUGACUGUGGUUUUCUCCGACCAUGGGAAUGCCUAUGGAAAGUUUCUAGAUGAAUCUCCAGAAGGAAGGGUGGAACUGUACCAUCCGGCUCUCUUCAUGAUCGUUCCCACGUCAGUCGCGAAACAACUCGGUCAGGACAAAAUGGCGGCCUUGACCUUGAAUCAGGACCGUUUGGUCAGCCAUCUUGAUCUGCACUACACCAUCAGAUCUCUGAUCAGCAGCACGUCCAACAUUCCCGAAGUCAACAAACAAUACCUCGUCAACCCCAUGGGGCUGUUCCGCAACAUGUCGGACUCACGUCAGUGUCUCAAUGUUCCACAGAUUCCACCCAACUUCUGUAUCUGUGAGGGCGGCGAGUCGCGGGUCAAGAACAACACCCUCCAUGUUGUGUAUGCACACUUCGCUGUUGGCACCAUGAACAACGCGAUACAGACACAGUUCCAUCAAGCACAUCCGAGGGUUGUCACAGGAUUUGGCAGCUGUCGCAGACUGCGGUUGGCAAUGUUCCAACAUGUGAGAAAAGCUGUGCAUUCAGACAAGACUGUUUCCCUGACAAUGGACUUGUUGUUCGAGACUGGAGAUCCGUCCUACCCCCAUCACGAAGUCUUCAUGGUCUCCGUCCAGUCAAACAACGGCCAGUUUGUCCUGAACAAGUUUGACCGCUUGUCUCCAUACAGUAAAUACUCCGUCUGUGCUGACAAGGGGGUACAGCUGCAGCUAUGCAUCUGCAACAUCGGCGACCACCAGGUGGAAAUGGAACGCCUGCCGCCGCUGUCUGAUGCAGGCUUGUUACGGAGGCAGGACCUACUGAUGCAUGCCAGCAUCGUGAAGGUGAAGGAGUCUGAGGACUGUCUGUACCGGAUGAACCAGGAAAACGAAGAUGGCCUGACUGUGUCUAUGAUGAACGUGUGCUCCACCACUGUGAUACAUGUCUCUGUUGCCGUGGACACGGUUGGUAUGGAAGCGUUGACAGGCAAGUCUGUGCAGGCUGAUCUACGCCCCGGGGAAAUCAGGUUCUUGUUUGCUGGCGUCGCCAAAUCCGUAAAGACGUGGAACUGGUCCUACCAAGUACAGUUUACUCUCAACACCUGGCCUUGACCUUCAGUGUAACUCGCCUGGACCUUCAGUGUGACUGGCAUGUGGAGUCUGCUUAUGGCAGCCAUGAAGGGUUGAAAUAAGUUACAUUGGGAGGUCUGGUUUUUGGUGAUUCCGAUGAGUUAAUUUUUCAGUUAAUCCUACAAUACUGCUUUAACAAUGCUAACAGUGGUGCUGUAACAAUGCUAACAGUGGUGCUGUAACAAUGCUAACAGCACUGCUGUAACAAUGCUAACAGUACUGCUGUAACAAUGCUAACAGUACUGCUGUAACAAUGCUAACAGCACUGCUGUACCAAUGCUAACAGUACUGCUGUAACAAUGCUAACAGCACUGCUGUAACAAUGCUAACAGGACUGCUGUAACAAUGCUAACAGCACUGCUGUAAUAAUGCUAACAGUACUGCUGUAACAAUGCUAACAGUACUUCUGUAACAAUGCUAACAGCACUGCUGUAACAAUGCUAACAGUGGUGCUGUAAUAAUGCUAACAGUGGUGCUGUAAUAAUGCUAACAGUACUGCUGUAACAAUGCUAACAGUACUGCUGUAACAAUGCUAACAGUGGUGCUGUAAUAAUGCUAACAGAACUGCUGUAACAAUGCUAACAGUGGUGCUGUAAUAAUGCUAACAGUACUGCUGUAAUAAUGCUAACAGUACUGCUGUAACAAUGCUAACAGUACUGCUGUAACAAUGCUAACAGUGGUGCUGUAAUAAUGCUAACAGUGGUGCUGUAAUAAUGCUAACAGUACUGCUGUAAUAAUGCUAACAGUACUGCUGUAACAAUGCUAACAGUACUGCUGUAACAAUGCUAACAGUGGUGCUGUAACAAUGCUAACAGUACUGCUGUAAUAAUGCUAACAGUGGUGCUGUAACAAUGCUAACAGCACUGCUGUAACAAUGCUAACAGUACUGCUGUAACAAUGCUGCUGUUACAAUGAUAACAGUACUGCUGUAACAAUGCUAACAGUACUGCUGUAACAGUACUGCUGUAACAAUGCUAACAGCUACCUACCUAUUAUAUGGUAGUUGUUCUUCAAUUAUACAGAGCUCCAGAUAACUUUUUGAACAAUUGAGUUUUUACUCUAGGGUUUCUAUUUUAAUUGGGUUAUCACAUUUUUCAUUGGGUAACCAAUAUUUUUUCACUCAUCUACUCAUCAUUCUCAUGGGAUUUUACCAAAAUUAGUGAACAUUUUAAGAUUUAAAAAAAUGAAAUAAUGUUUUAGAUGUAUGUAACUGGUCUAAAUAUAUAUGUUUGAAUUGGAAAAUAAUAGCUCAUAAUUGUUUCGGAAAUUAGCUCCUUUGUACGCAUGCUGAAAAAGCUUCAUUGGGUAUUUACGCGUGCUGUUUUUAUACAUUUGAGUUUUUCAUUUAAUGCCUGCAUUUCUUAAUGCAAGUUAGUUGAAAGUAAUUGGGUUUUGAAUAUUUUGGUGGGUAUUUUUACGCUGCAUAUCUGUAGCUCUGGAUAUAUUAAUAGAGUUUAACAUGGCGAGCUUCACAUGGCAGAGCUUUUAAAAAGAAUUUGGUGACAUAAUCGGUUGAUACAGUGUAACAUGGCGGCAUCAGGGUAUUCUUAGUGAGAGAUGCAACUGUCAAAAGGUAUUUGUGGGAAAGGGUUUCACAAGGCUUUGCAUGAAGAAUCUAAAGCAUUGCUCUGGGUAUGAACAGUGUUAUGUUCGGGAAGUCAGGAGCAGCAAUGGACUACUUAUUCCAUGUAAAAACUAUGCAGUGGGCGGUUUCAGAUGUUGUGUGAGGGGACAAUGAUGGGCGGCAAGCCCGUGGUUUCAUGUGAUGAGUUUUGAUACUACAGUAUACCAUAUUUUCUUGAGUAUAGUGCGCACUUUUUUGUGCGGUACAUUUACUUAAUCAUAAUUUUAUGUGUAUCUAACAAUCAUAUUUGUCAAAAUAAAACUUGACUGUUGAAUGAA